CGCCCUGCAAUCUUGUAGUCCGGAACUCUCGCAGCAGCUACACCAUGUCGACCGUCCCCUCGCGCACCGCAACGCCCUCGGGCGACACGGGCAGCCACACCGUACAACAGACCCGUCCCACCCCCGUCCUGCGCCUCUCCGCGCCGUCGGGAGUACUGCGCCUGCGCGCCGCACCCGAAGAGCGACGCCACAUCCAAUGGGCCGAGGACGUGAUCGACAACGAGGGCAUGGGCAAGAAGAGCAGCAAAGUGUGCUGCAUAUACCACGCCCCCCGCGAAGCCGGCGAGUCGAGCGACGAGUCUUCUGACAGCUCGAGCUCUGACGACUCGGAUAGUGAGCCGGACAAUAGCACCGCGCGGCCUAGCAGAAGCUCCCGACGCGCGAGGAAGCCGGCACACGACCACGACAACGAUGACUGCGAGCAUGACCAUGGCGCAGGCGAGGGCGGCAAGCCGAGGAGGAAGACCAAGAGGGCGCCCAGUCCGAAUGCGUACGAGAAGGUCCCGAAGCCGAAGAAGUGAGGCGCGGUGGUGAUACCAUGAUUGGCUUCACACAGCGAGGCGUUUGGAAUUUUGCUUGCGGAUUGCUUGUAGCUUUGCAUAGCGAAGGCGAGAUCAAUGGUGUUGGACUUGGUGCUAGAUCUUAGACUCAUCAAGACACAAAGACGUUAUUACCCUGUACUCUGCAGCGCAGCAACGUGCCAUUAUUUGCCAUAGCGACACCGAACUGACACUCUUAC